AUGGGGGUGGUGAGGAAGGUCUCGGGCGAGGCGAUCCUGACAGAGAAGGAGUUUGCUGCCUUACGCGCGGACUGCGAGGGAGAUGGACACAGCUGUUUCGUGGAUUUGCUCAGGCGCGAAGUGGCGAGGCGACUGCAGGUGCGCAACUUCCGUCAGAUCGGGCUCGCAUGUGGCGAGCCUUUGGCAUAUCGGCAGGUUUUGAGGGUGUCGGGGCGAGUCAUCGCAUGGUCGAUGCAAAUGCAGUGCCGUCAAAGUCUCCAUAUUGGAUUCAAGCUGGUUCCGGCAAGUGACCGGAAUAACUGA